CUAUAAAAGAUCGGGUCUGGACAGCCGAGAGCACCAGUUACAGCCAAUCCAUUGCUCAGCGCAUAUAUCAUCUUAAACCGGAACCACCAAUCCAGAAUCAAUAUGAAAUUCUUCUCAGUUGUCACCGUCUUCGUGCUCGGUCUCCUGGCCCUUGCAAACGCUGUUCCCCUGUCGCCCGAUCCCGGAAAUGUGAUCAUUAACGGAGACUGCAAAUACUGCAAUGUCCGUGGUGGCUAAAAGGAGAAUCUAUCUAUGUCUAAGGAUGUACAAAAGGACUACUUACCUCAAACCCAAGACACAAUAUUUAUAAUACCGCUUAAUACUAAAAUGAAACCUAGAAUUAAAAUAAAAGUGCCAUGAAAUCAAAUACAACAAAAUAGAAGGCUUCA